CGGGCGGUGCCCUGGCGCGAUCGGCUGAGUUCAAAGCUUCGAGCCAUGCCGUCACCAGGAAGGUGAUUUCAGCUUCCUGCUCGGGUGUCAGAGUGUCCGCUUCGGAUAGACCGAGUCCUCCCAUCUCCGUGGGUUGUUGGCUGAUCGCGAGGACAUCGGUGAGGGCAUUGGCCUCCCGGGGGUGGUCCUGCGCUCGAAGUGCAUCGACCACUCGCACCAGCUGGGUAAGCAGAUUUCCUAGGGUCGGCAAUGCGUAUGUGUCUGCCUCGGAGAGGACGACAUCCCGGGUUUGCUGCAAUACUAGCAGCAGCGAAGGGGAAUUUGGUUCGCUGGCGUCACCCAUGAUGAGAAUGUGAUGCUGAAGAGGCUUAGUGAGCGAGCUUCUCUGAGCGGGGUUUCUCAAGCAAGCUUACGACCGCGUCUUAAUAUAUGUAGUGGGAUGCAGACAGCCUUGCAUCCUGCAUUGCCGGACUCGGCCCGCUUGCGGCCCGGAGGAUUUACAAGUGAGAUAUAACAUCAUCACAUGGCUCCAUCGAGUACUGCUGGCUGCAACCCCUCAAUUGUGCCCGAACUACGCCCCAAUUGAUUCACUGCAUACAUUACAAUGGCCACUGCUCCUGCGGUUACCAAGCUUCGCCAGCUCUUGGCGGACGAGAGCAAGAUUAUCGUCUGUCCGGGCGUCUACGAUGGCUUUACCGCCCGAAUCGCCCUGCAGGAAGGGUUCGAUGCAUUGUACAUGACAGGAGCAGGCACCACGGCCUCGCGACUGGGGCAACCGGACCUGGGGGUUGUCACGCUGAACGAAAUGCGAGGGAAUGCUGAAAUGAUCGCCAACCUGGACCCGACAGUGCCGUUGAUUGCUGACGCUGACACGGGCUUCGGAGGAUCCCUCAUGGUCCACCGCACUGUCACCGAAUACAUCCGCGCCGGAGUCGCCGCCCUGCACCUGGAAGACCAGCCUACGAGUAAACGCUGCGGUCAUUUACGCAACAAGCAACUCGUUCCCGAGGACGAGUAUUUGGACCGCAUCCAAGCCGCCGUGAAUGCUCGCGCCCGGUCUCAUGGCGAUAUUGUUCUGAUAGCUCGGACGGAUGCCCUCCAGUCGCUAGGCUAUGAGGCGGCCAUUUCCCGACUCAAGGGAGCCAUCGCCCUGGGGGCAGACGUGGCCUUCUUAGAAGGCAUCACGUCGACGGACCAAGCUCGACAGGUCUGUGAAGAGCUCAAGCCCACCCCCGUUCUCUUCAAUAACGUUCCUGGGGGUGUAUCCCCAGAUCUCUCGGUUCAGCAGGCGCAGGAGCUCGGAUUCCGGCUGAUCAUCUUCCCUGGGUUGGCAUUGGGAGCAGUCUACUCGGCGGUUCGUGGGGCGGUACAGCAGUUGAAGGAAACGGGCACGCAGGCUGUGCAACCGGGGGUAAGUCCGCGGGACGUGUUCAAUGUGGUGGGACUGCAGGAGGCAGUGGCGCUGGAUUUGGCAUCGGGCGGAAGGUUAUAUGACAAGGGGGUUUGAAAGAGGGGCGAUGCGCAUUGCUGUCUGUAGAUACUAGACAAAUCAAGUCAACAACAGAGAUGUAAGGAGCCAUGGACGAUGACACUUCGGCAGAGCCCCAGGCACCGGUUAUGGGCCGGGCGGUGAGGAUUUGUGCCUGCCUUUCUAAUCAGGCAGGCGGAGAGCCGAACACUUUCUUAGGUGAUGACUAAAAUCACGUGCUUUCAUCCGGAUACGAACUGAGUUACUAAGGG